CAUUGUUUAUAUUUUAAAAUUACUACAGUAAAUUAAAUUAAAUUCAUUGAAAGAAUAUUAUUGGAAACAUUUGUUUUUUAUUUCGAAAUUAAAAUGCAACGGAACAAUCCAUUUGGUCCAAAAUUUUCAGAUCCAAAUUAUGGAAAACCAAUUGAAGGUAGUCUAACUGCCAUGCGUGGUAAAAAAGCUAAUUUUCAUGUCAACAGAGAAAUGUUACAAUUAUGUGAAAUAAUUGAUCAACAGGGUAUGCCGAAUCAAUAUAAUCCUGAAUUAAAAGUUAUACUCUUCGGUGAUCUAUUUGAUAUUUACAAUUAUAUUUCAAAUAAAGUUGUUGGAAUUCUUUUAAGAGCUAGAAAACAUGGUCUUGUAUAUUUUGAAGGAGAAAUGUUAUUUCAAAGACGUGAUGAUGAUGUUCCAAUUUUUAUGUUGAAACCUUUAUCUGAAAUUCGACAAUUACAACAUAAUCUUGAUGUAGCUGAAGCUUUUGAUCAAGAAGCAUCUGGCCCAGCUUUACCUACAUCAGUUUUAAUGGACAGACAAGCAAAUCAAAGAAGAUUCUAAUAAAUUUACACAAAAAUUUUUUUUUUUUUAAAUUAACAUUUAAGUUUUGUUUUACUUUUAUUUAACUUAAUUAUAAAAUGUGAUGAUUAUUUGAAAAUAUACAAACAUAUAAUAAUAAUAGAAACAAACUUUAUAAAAUAACCUAAAUACAU